AGCCAGCACCCGCGCGCCUCCGGCGAGGGCGAGCUCCACUACAACUGCAGCGCGCGAGACGUGGUGGUGUUGGGCGCGCUCGGCGCGGGCGCUGGCGGCGUGGUGAAGAAAGCCGUGCACGUGCCGACGCACCGGUUCAUCGCGCUCAAGUCGAUGACGGUGUUCGAGAGGGAGAAGCGCGCGGCGCUCAUCGCGGAGAUGAAGCUCCUGUGCGAGCAACAGGGAGGCGGGGGAGGAUCAAACGGGGAAUACGAAUCGCCGCCGCCAGCCAACGUGGUGCGGUUCAUCGGCGCGUUCUACUCGCCAGAGACGAACUUGAUCAACAUUGCGUUGGAAUACGUGGAGGGGGGUUCGUUGGAAUCUUUGGUCAAAAAGGGUGGGGCCGUGCCGCAGGACGUCCUGGGUAAGAUAUGCGGCGGCGUGUGCGCCGGCUUGGAGUACCUCCACGCGCACAGGCGCACGGUCCACCGGGACAUCAAACCCGGCAACAUACUGAUGCGUCUCAACGGCGAACCCGUGAUUACGGAUUUUGGCGUCUCCGCCGAGCUCGGCGACUCCAGAGCUCUGCUCGACUCGUUCAAGGGCACGCUGCACUACAUGUCCCCGGAACGGGUGGAGAACAAGGAUUACGACUUCGCCGCGGACGUGUGGUCCUUGGGUCUGACGAUGCUGGAGUGCGCCAUCGGUCGAUACCCUUACGACGUGACAGACGGCGGUCCCCUCGGGUUGAUGGUGCAGAUCACUCGCGACGAGUGCCCGAUCCCGCGCGACGCGCGGCUCGGCGAGCACCUCGCCGGUCUCGUCAAACGGUGCAUGCGGAAGAAACCCAAGGAACGGCCGAGCGUGACGAGGUUAAGGACCGGUCCGCACCCGUACAUCGCCGAGAACGAAGCCGUCGACGCCGGGGGGUGGGUCCGGUCGGUGACGUCGCCGCUGGAAAUCUUGGAGGGCGACGCGAACGCCUUCGUCCGGCACUACUACCGGCUCGUGGACCGCGUCGAC